GUGACUCGGCGCAUAAACGCAGGAGCACCGCUAGAGCUCCAGCAGCAGGAGCUACGAGAGGCUUCUAGAAACAACGUGCAGCGGGCAGACGCCGGCAAACAAAACCUGCUCUCCGCACACAGCGUUACACAUUAAAGCUUUUUAAAAAAACAUUUAGCUGGUCAGAUGGCGAAGUGGGGAGAAGGAGACCCUCGUUGGAUUGUAGAGGAGAGAGCUGAUGCGACGAAUGUCAACAACUGGCACUGGACUGAACGAGAUGCAACAAACUGGUCGUCGGACAAAUUGAAAUCCCUGGUCCUUGGAGUGAGCGUGGAGAACGAAGAGGGGAGCUGCGAGGUGACAGAAGUCAGCAAGUUGGAAGGAGAGGCCUCGAUUAACAACCGCAAAGGGAAACUUAUUUUCUUUUAUGAAUGGAACCUGAAAGCAGAUUGGACCGGAAAGUCGAAAGCAGGAGUCAAAUAUAAAGGAACAAUUGAAGUUCCAAACCUUUCUGAUGAGAACGACAUGGAGGAUCUUGAUAUUUCUGUGUCGUUGAAUAAAGAUGAACCUGAUACGCCACUGGUCAACCUUAUGAAGACAAAAGGAGCAGAGAAAAUCCGUGAAGCCCUAGGGAGCUACGUUGGGUUCUUAAAAACAGAAUUCACCCAGGGAAUGAUCCUGCCUACAGCCAACGGUGUGACCAAGCUACAGUCCCCAUCACAGUCCAAAGCCAAGCAGGAUAAAACUCAGAUUUCCUCCUCAAGCAGCAAAGCUGUUCCAGUCAACACCGGCGUCAAGAUCCCCACCUGUAAAUUCAGCAUGAAAGAAACAUUCCUCACCUCACCAGCUGAUCUCUACAGGGUCUUCCUCAACCAGGAGAUGGUCCAGGCGUUCACACAUGCUCCAGCAAUAGUGGACGGAGAGAAGGGUGGAAAGUUUCGUCUGCUAGACGGAAAUGUUUUUGGUGAAUUCACAGAGCUGGUACCUGAUGAGAAAAUAGUUAUGAAGUGGAGGUAUAACAACUGGCCCUGUGAGCAUUACGCCACAAUCACGAUGACGUUGUCGGACCGGAGCAACGAGACUGUGCUGAAUGUGGAGUGUCGAGGCGUCCCGGACAACGAGGAGGAGCGGACGAAAGAAGGCUGGAAGAGAUACUACUUCGAAGCUAUUAAACAGACUUUUGGCUACGGAGCGCGGCUCUUCUGAAGAUGGUGUAGUGUAGUACUGUUUUCAUUUCUCGUCUGAAUUUUUAAACUUGUUGUCCUUCGAUCUGUCAGGCACAAGAUGUCCCAUUGCAAACUCAUAACGAGUUAAGAAAGAGAUGAACUAGGGGAGGCCAGUCUGUCUCUGUGUGUAACGUUUUAAUUUCUGAACAUAUUUAAAUCUAGAUUUUUCCCUGUCAGUAUUGAGUCGGUUGUUCAAAGGUGUAAAUGGACUGUGCCUUUGGGACUCUCGAUGGAAAAUCGGUUGAAUAAAGCAAAAGAAUCCAUUGAACCACUAAUGUAAAUUGGCCUCCACUUCUAUAAAUAUGUAAUUACUGCAAGAGUUAAAAUAAAGGUUGUUUUUCUUUUAUUUGAGAACAUAUUAUGUUGCUUUUAAAAAAGAUUUGUUUUUUUUACUUACUUUACUCUUUUAAAGUGUAACUAGUGAAGAUGCAUGUUUCUUUUCAAACUGCCAGACGGAGGAAUGACUACUGGACUGGAUUUAAACUUUACUCGUGAAGUCUGUCGCUUAUCGCUAAGCAGAACUGUACUUUCAGUUGUUUCAUUGAGAGUUGAUUUAAUGCACAUUGAGCUCCCAGCGUCUGUCUGUGUGAUCAGAUCAGCUCGGACCUUCAAGCAGGAAUGUUGGCACAAAUGUUGAAACAUGAAAAAGGUUUUCAUUCCUUAUGCGGGUAGCUAGGGUAGCAAGCUAAGAGACGUUUUUGCUAUAUUUGGCUUCAAAAUGUAAAAGUUUUCAAAACAAAAUUCAUCUAUUUAUUCAUCAUUUCAUCCCUUCACGAUGUAAAAAGAUUAGCUGGUGUGAAUAAACCAAUCCCUGUACACUCU